AAAAACGCUUAUAGGCGCUUACUCGCUAAAAUAUGGCUUUAGAAUCCCUCUGCUGUCACAAAGAUUGCAAAUGACACAUAACCUCAAAGUCAGAUGGUACUCCUAACCUCAACUUGUUGUUUGUUGUUUAUGUAAACAGAGUUGAAGCAAGUAAUUCGUAUUUUGUGUAAAAUCUUUACCCUUUAUAAACUAUUAAUGAAACCCUAAAUAUCCAGCAAUGCCACCUACUAAUACGUACAUGGAUUUUGAUCAUAUCCGUCGUGAAUUCAAGGAAACCCUUAAGGUUGCCUUUAAGAACGAUAAUAUCACCUUAUUGGAAAACAAAGUUGCUUCUUUUAAAAACACCGAGUUGGAUAUUAAGACCCCUCUGGACCAGGCGUUUAGAGAUCUAUUGCUCGACUUGCUCACUGAAGAAGUUCAAGUUACAGUUUUAAAAAUGUUUGUAGAUCUUUCCAUAAAAACUUGCAGGAUGGGUUUGACUUCACCUACAAUGCCAGUGGUUCUUUUAGGAGAUAUUUUUGAUACACUUACCUUGGAUAUAUGCCAAGAUCUAUUUAGUUUUGUGGAAGACAAUGUUCACAUAUGGAAAGAGGAACUAUUUUUUGCAGGAUGUAAAAAUAAUCUGCUCCGACUGUGUAAUGAUUUACUCAGGAGAUUGUCUCGUACAACUGCAACAGUUUUUUGCGGGAAAAUCCUACUCUUCUUAGCCAGAUUUUUUCCUUUCUCUGAAAGAUCUGGUCUCAAUAUUGUAAGUGAGUUUAACUUGGAAAACACUACAGAGUAUGGCACUGACACUAGUGAUGAUAUUGUGGCAGAAAUUGUCACUGGAGAUCAAAAGCAUGUCAUAGAUUUCUCAUUUUAUUGUAAAUUUUGGCAGCUGCAAGAUUUUUUUAGGAAUCCUAACCAGUGUUAUGAUAAGGUUCAGUGGAAAGUGUUUUGCUCUCAUUCCAUGAAUAUUUUAAGCACAUUUCAUGGUAUUAAAUUAGACUAUUUAAAAGAUUCAGAGCAGACAUCCAAUGUUGGUUAUUUUGCAAAAUACCUCACUAGCCAGAAACUUUUGGAUUUACAAUUGCAUGAUGUUAGCUUCAGAAGAUCAGUUCUUUUGCAGUUCCUAAUAGUUUUCCAGUAUUUAACUUCUUCUGUUAAGUUUAAGUCAGAUAGUUUUGAACUAAAACCAGACCAGAAGGAGUGGAUUCAAACCUCCACAGAGAAAGUUUAUAGUCUGUUAAGGGAAACCCCUCCAGAUGGAGCUAAUUUCGCUAAAAUCAUUAAAAACAUUCUGAAGAGAGAAGAAUUGUGGAACUCUUGGAAAAAUGAUGGUUGUCCAGAAAUUAAAAAAUUCUUACCACAAAAUGACCCAGUGGAAAUUCCUAAAGCCAAGAAAACUGAACCUUUGGUGGGAGAUCUCAUAAAAGCAGCAAGAAACGAAGGAAAAUUCUAUAUGGGAAGCAAAGAACUUACAAAACUCUGGAAUAAAAACCCUAUCAAUCUGGAAGCAUGCAAAGGCAAAGACUUUCUCCCGACUAUGGAUGAGUUUUUUGGAGAGGCAAUUGCCCAAUUCGAAUCGGGUGUACCAGUUAAGGAUGAGGAUAAUUUGCUAAAAGAUGGCCAUUUUGGAUGGAGAGCUCUAAGACUACUUGCAAGACGAAGUCCAUAUUUUUUCUCGCUUAACACCCAAAACCACCCCCUUCCCAAGUAUCUGGAGCUGAUGGUACACAAAAUGGCCCACGAAAAACCAGGUAGAAACGACGAGAAUAGCCAGGAAGCCACAAAUGAGCAAGAAAUUGAAGAAAAUAUCCUCACGGAAGCGGAAGAUCAGAAUACUGAAGAUUUCCACAAGCCUAGUGAAGAGUUUGUAGAAGAAAACAACACCUCGAGGCAAGAAACCAAGAACAUUAGUGACGAAAGACUGUUACUUAUUAUAGAGAAGAUUGCGCCCGAUUGGGAAAAGUUGGGCACUAAAUUAGGUUAUAAAUCCGAUGAGAUCGAAUGGUUCAAAAACGAAAAUCCGAUAAGGUUCGAUCAAGCGAGGCACAUGAUGAAACUCUGGUUCGAAGACGACGAGGACGCCAAUUUGGAUAAUCUUCUCUACAUUUUAGAGGGUCUCGAAAUGAAUGAGGCCGCAGAGGCUGUGCGGAGCGAAUUAAACACAACAGAGAGUUAAAAACUAUUUUAUUUUUUUUUACGCUGUAGAAUAGGUUUUAGUUCUUUAAACUAAGACAUAUUGUGAAGUGGUUUUGCAGCACCUGUUAUUAUGGUUUUUGGAUCAAUUUGUAUAAUAAAUAAAUCAUUGUAAUAAA